CUCCCUCCUCUUCCUCCUCAACAACCAAACACGCUACAACCAUCACCAUCACCACGCAAUCCAACGUCCAUUGCUGCCUCCCAGUGCCCGAAUUUUCAAACCGCAAAUCCAAAUUUCCCCCCCGCCAGAUCACCGAUCGAUCGUGCUAUCGUAAAACCGUCACUUUUAGCGCCACCCGCAAGCGAGCUCUCCGCUGCUUCACUCGCCGUGCACAGGUAAGAAUGCAUUGCAAAAUGACAUGCCCGCCCAAGAACCUCAACUCCUUUCUAACCUCACCAGGCCUCCCCUCCUCUUGACUUGCAAACCCCCAAAGCCUCACCGCUACCGUUCCAUCUGCUCUACUAGCUGCUCCCUGCUUCAACCCACGCAUACACCCAAAACUCACGCGAAUUUACGCGUCAAAGCGCCCGCACUCUUAUAUUCCACCGUUAAAUCGACCGUGGGAGCCGUGUUCGACAUGGCUGCUACGCGUCAACAGCCCCCGCUGCAGAUUUUCGAGGACAACCUCCCCUCUCAACCAGCCGACACCGCAGCUUUUGAACCUCAGUACUACCUCGACACAUUUCCCUCCGUGACCGACGUGUCGUCUCAACACCACACUCUCCUCGAACCACCCCAGAUCCUCCAGCGCGAAGUCUCGCCUCAAAAGACCCGUCACGUCUCCAGCUCACCCCCUCCGGCUGCUUUAGUCGAGAAGGGCAUCAAUACUCUCUCCAUACCACCUCCUCAGGAGCAGUACUUCCAGACGGACGCGCCCCAGAAGAAAACAAUGCGUCCACUAUCAGCCUCUUCCAUGAUGAUGAAUUCAUCUUCACGCUUUCCUUCUGGCUUUCCCGCGCAAUUCGACAAGGAAAAUGUCUACUACGCGCCAAAUGCCAACCUAUCAUCGUUCAUGGCCUCGGACCCGCCGCAAAAGUUAGGCCACAAACGUGCCAUGACGGACACGGCGCCUCUGAGAGACCGCUCCAAGAAGCAAAAGACGCGCCCUCUCCAAGGCCAAGACGUGGUGGAAGACAGCCAAUUGCCCGAGCCCGAGGACAUGCCCAUUGUGGACGACUCUGACUCUGGGAAGCCACCAUACAGUUACGCAGUUCUGAUCGGAAUGGCCAUUCUACGCGCCCCCAACCGUCGUUUGACACUGGCCCAGAUUUACAAGUGGAUCUCAGACACGUUCGCAUUCUACCGCAACUCUGCUGAUACCGGCUGGCAAAACAGUAUCCGUCACAAUCUCUCGCUUAGCAAGUCCUUUUCCAAACAGGAGCGCCCCAAGGAUGAUUCCGGCAAGGGCAAUCUCAAAGGCCAUUACUGGGUCAUAAAUGCAGGUUUUGAGAAUCAAUACUACAAAAUCAAGUCUAACCGUCGACCCACUAACCCAGAAGGGUUCGUGUCGGCAUAUCCCAGCGAUCUUGGACGUCCGAGCACCUCGUCCAACAACCUACCUCCCCUGAGCUCCAGCAAGGGGUUUGACUCCAGCAAAUUCCCUGACGAGACUGAGUUGUCAUCUGAUGCCACCAUCCCUUGCUCCGACCCAGCUGCGCAUGACGGCCAUGAGCCCAACGCUAUGCCUCCACCACGUCAGAUACCAUCCUCGCCUCCACCAGCAGACCUCCACUCAUCGCCUCCGCCGCCUGUGUCGCGCUCCCUGCGCGAAAAUACGCCACCGCGCGCUGCUCGUUUUCCGUCCAGCCGGUCUGGCGGACGCAAGCGCAAAUUCAACGGUCUCGGUGACAGCGGUUAUUACUCCUCCAUCGAGUCAUCGGCCACCAAAGGAAACCCGCUUGGACCUCUCCUGACCUCCGAGGCCGAUCUCGAUCGCCCUAGUAUCAAACGCGGUCGAGCCGAGCUUGAGAUUGUACGCAUCCGCGGCUCUUCUUAUGACUCUCCAACCAAAACGCGGCCGUACAUGAAGCAACCGAGUGCCGCUGCUCUAAUCUCGUCGCCGUUCCGCCCUACUGACAAGCCUCACGAUCCGCUCACCCCUGCCAUUGUGUUCAAGCGGCCCGCUCUGCCACCAGCAUCGGCGUCGCCCAACACCAACUUGCGCAAUCACAGGAACAAGAUGCGCGAAUUAGUCGGUGGAUCUCCCGACAAGAGCCUCGACAUGUGGGUUGACACCUCGUUCCUCGACAACAAGUCGUGGAGCCCAGCUGUCAACGUCCCCAACGAAGAGAGCGUCAAUCUGCAUGGCAACGGUUUCGACAGCACUUUUGACAUCUUUGGUGACUUUGAUUAUCAGCAGAGCCCGUUGAAACCCAGUGCCAAGCGACCACGGCUCGAACGCGCCGUUACCUCUACCGGCAUUCUUGCCGAUAUCACCGGCAGCAAGGCCAACUUGACGUACUCUCCCACUCCAAACUGGAAGCUCUCGUCUUCUUUCUUGAAUAUCCCGACCUUGUCACCAACUCGCCACCAGUCUCCAUCCAAGGCUCCAGUCUCUAAGCCCCCAACUUCGACCCCAUUUGAUGAUCUCCCCACACUGGAUAAGGAGAAUGGUCGUAUUGGACUUGGUAUCAUCCCUCCCCAGUCUUUUGCUGCGCCCGCCGCAAAGCCGGAUGAUGAUGACGAGAUCUUCCGUCUUCUGCACAGCGAUGAUUCAGAGCCCGGCAUCGAUCUGCUGCAGGGAUUCCAGAAGAUUGGUGCGAGGACAUCAGCUGUUGCUCCCAACGGCUCCCCUCAAAAGAUGUCACGGCCUGCUUCAAGGCCUGGUCUCUCGCGCAGCUCAACGACACGCUUCUAAAAAUACCAGCUACCGUCUUUCACGAAGUCAUGAUAAUGAAUAAGCUUUGCAGAUCAUAGCGUGUUGGGUAUACCCCAUCAUUUGAACUUCAUUUUUCAAAACCGCCCUUCUCAUAUCACCAAUCCUCGCUGAUAUCCAGUCACGAUAUCCUUAUCCCCGCUCUCCUUCCUUCCAUCUAUUAUCCGCUCUUCUUGAACGAAUUUUGGGCAGUAUCCAAGAGAUAUUGUCCUCUGACGAUGUCACGAACAAAUGAUACCCUCAAUUUAUCGCAUACGAUAGCACGGCUGGUCCAUUUUAAUCAGUCGAUUCACGUACAGCGUGUGUAAUGCAACCAAUCGCUUUAAUGUCAGGAGGAAUAGGCGCUUGUUUGGCGAAAUGUGUUUGUUUUGAAAUUUCUCGUCUUGUCUUGUUUUCUCCCUUGCUUUGCCUUCCCCUACGUUGUGUUACAGGGGCACUUUCUUGCCUUGCGAGUCUCUGCUUUUCCCUCUCUAGGGUUAUGUUUCUGUGUCCUAUAGCAACAAGGGACUUGGUCGAAUUCUGUCUUCUUUAUCCCUUUUUGAACUUUCUUUUUGCUGUCUUGUUCAAUCCUUUUUAUAACUUUAGACUCUGUUCAUGCUAGGAGCACUUUGUUUAAUGUCGCCAUUUGCGUUGCAUUGACAUGCGCGUCGAGCGUUCUGGAUAUACCGGGAGAGUAGCACUAUCUGUGUUCUGCUCGGUUUCAAAACGAAAUACACUUGUUGCGGCUUUUUGCCUUUUAUCAAUCUUCUCUACUUCUUUUCGGAUUCCUGCAACUAAUGAUAUUGGUGAUGUUGUAGACGACGAUCGCAAUCACUGUCGACGAAGAUGAUACUGUAUGCCAUCGGGAAGACAAAUUCUAACACCCAACCCCACCUAUCCAACACACUCUCGGGAUCUUUGAGUCUCCGGCGACCGGCUGUGUUCCCAGUGCUGCGUUUUGCCUCAACUUGUUGACGUAUUGAGAAGUAAUGACUUGAGAAGUGAUGACAUUCCAAAACGAAUGCAUUUGUUGCACAUUUACGCAAGUGCUGUGGCAAGUGGAUUUU